UGGUGGUUAUGCUAAACUAUAUGUCAUUUGUCAUUGUUCCAUUCCUAGUCAUAAAGGUUAUCUCAACAAAAAAAUAAGAAUUUUCAUUCAUUUCUAUUCAAAAAUUUGUAGUUUGUGUUUAUCUCACCUCUAAACAAGUUUCCAUUGAUGUAGACAACAUGUUUUCUCUACAGAACCAAAAUCAGGCUUUCGCUACUUUAACCCAGAUCAGUGCAAAAAUAACGACUACGCCAGGUUCAUUUUUUCACAAAAAAGCACAGACCAAAGCUAAACAUGCUAAACAGUUUUUAUGUUCGGAAAGUUUCUUGGAAACGGUCAAAAAUUGCGAUUAUUCGUUUGCCAAGCACCUCAACAUCAACUCGCUAUUUAGCAAACCAUUCUUAAAUAAUUUUAAUGUCUCUUACAUAUCGAAUGCGAGUUUUUUUGAAAACAAACAUGGAUUUUCUGAAAAAGAACUCAAUGCUACAGUACCUACUUUGAUAGUUAGAAAUUCAUCAAAAAAUGUCCAAGUAUCACAAGGGUUUUAUCAGAAACUUGUAAAAGGUUUGCUAAAUGAAAAUAAAUUUACGUUUAACAUACAAACGAGGGGUUUUAAGACUGAAAGAAGUAUUCAGGCCGAAAUUGAAAGAAAUCCGCCAAUAAUGAGUCGUCUAAAAAGCAGUAUAGGGGCUUCCAAUGAAGUGGGUAACAAAGUUGCACUUGGUAGUUCUGUAGCUGAGACUGAACAGCUUAAAAAACUUCUUAAUGCUGAAGAUUCAACAUUGACUGAGAGUGAAAAACAAAGAAUCAAGUUAGCUUUUGCUGAAGGGUAUUUGUUGGGGAACACAAAUGCAACAAAAAGUGGCAAGGCUUCAAAAUACUUCAGAAUAGUUCAGCAAGUUUUAACAUUAACCAUUGUGCUUGCUAUAGUUAUUAGUUUGAUGGCUAGUACAAAUGGAUCUGUAUUUAGGAUUCAGUUGGGAAAUCAAAUAGAAGUAGACCCAGAGGAUAUUCAUGUGACCUUUGAAGAUGUGAAAGGCGUCGAUGAAGCAAAACAAGAACUGAAAGAUGUGGUUGAAUUUCUAAAGAAUCCAGAUAAGUUCUCAAAUUUGGGAGGUAAAUUGCCCAAAGGGGUCUUGCUUGUAGGACCGCCAGGUACUGGAAAGACAUUAUUAGCUAGGGCAGUGGCUGGUGAAGCAGGAGUACCUUUUUUUCAUGCAGCUGGACCUGAAUUUGAUGAAGUUCUUGUUGGCCAAGGAGCUAGAAGAGUUAGAGACUUAUUUAAAGCAGCUAAAGAGAGAGCCCCGUGUGUUAUUUUUAUUGAUGAAAUUGAUUCAGUUGGUUCAAAAAGGACCAAUAGUGUUUUACAUCCUUAUGCCAAUCAAACUAUCAACCAGCUACUUAGUGAGAUGGAUGGGUUUCAUCAAAAUGAAGGGGUUAUUGUAUUGGGAGCAACAAAUAGGAGGGAAGAUCUGGAUCAAGCUCUUUUGAGACCUGGCAGGUUUGAUGUGGAGGUUACAGUUCCUACACCAGAUUAUACAGGAAGAAAGGAAAUUUUAGGGCUCUAUUUGAGUAAAAUUUUGGCAAAAGAUGUGGAUUUAGAACUUUUGGCUAGGGGCACCACUGGAUUCACUGGAGCUGAUUUGGAAAAUAUGGUGAAUCAGGCUGCCUUGAGGGCUGCUAUAGACGGAGCAGAUUUUGUGAGCAUGAAACACCUGGAAUUUGCCAGAGACAAAGUUAUAAUGGGACCUGAAAGAAAGUGCAGAAUUCCUGAUGAAGAAGCUAAUUUGAUUACAGCCUACCAUGAAGGAGGACAUGCUUUGGUUGCAUAUUAUACUAAAGAAAGUCAUCCAUUACACAAAGUGACUAUAAUACCCAGGGGUCCCAGUUUGGGGCACACAGCAUAUAUUCCAGAGAAGGAGCAGUAUCAUGUUACCAAGUCUCAAUUGCUUGCCUCUUUGGAUACAAUGAUGGGGGGUAGAGCGGCAGAAGAAUUGAUAUUUGGACCAGAUAAAAUUACUUCUGGAGCCAGUUCUGACUUGUCCCAAGCCACUAAAGUAGCUACCAAGAUGGUGAGGGAAUGGGGUAUGUCUGAGAAGGUUGGUGUGAGAACUAUACCAGAAAAUAACAAGAGUUUUGUUCCCGAACAGUUAGGAUCUACAACUAGUGAAAUGGUGGACAGCGAAAUCAGAAGAAUUUUGACAGAAAGUUAUGAAAGAGCAAGACAAAUAUUGAAGUCUCACGCCAAAGAGCAUAAGGCGCUUGCCGAGGCACUGAUGAAGUAUGAAACCUUGGAUGCAGAAGAUAUUAAGGCAAUAGUGACAGACAAGACCCCCGAAAAAUCGUAGUACCCUCUUGUUCAGUUUCCAGCAAAAAACUUAUUUUUAUUUAAUUGAUAUUUAGUGACAACAACAUAGACUGACUUCCAUCGAAAAAAAUUCGAUAAUUUUUUGAAUCGCGAUAUAUCUAAUAUAGUGAGUUUAAUAAUUAAAUUUACCGGGUUUUCUCAAAAAGUAAUGUCAUAACUUUAAAGUUUUAUCGAAAAUUUGGAAGGAAAUUUGAAAAUUGCUGCGAAUAUCUAAUAUAAUUUGUUUUUUCUAACAAAUCACAAUUAAAUUUCUCUUAAUUACAAUUUUCCUAUAAAACACUACAAGCUAUGCAGGCAGUUUUAUAAAGUUUAAUUCAUGGUAUAAAAACUCGUGAAAUAUUCUGGACAAUGGUGGAUAAUCCCAAAUUGUUACUAUAACAUAUUAAAGUCACUAUAUGAGAAAAUGCUUCCAAAAAUGACAAAGGUUUAAAAGGAAGCCCAAUACUUGAAAUUUUGUAAAUAUUUUACUCGCCAGAGAUUAAAUAAAUUAAUAUAAAAUGAUUAAACUGUAUCUCAAUAUAACUUAGACCAAGAUUUUUUCCAUUAUUUCUUAGGUCUGUUAUUCAACUGAUUUGUAAUAUACAUAUGAUAUGUAGGUGAUAUGGAGAAUUUGCUUAUUUAAUAAAUAUAUCGCUUUUGAAUGUG